AUGGAUCGUCUAAUGAUCACCACAGCAACCUUCUUCACCUUGUGCAUCAUCAUCACCAUCAUCGUUCCUUGGUCAGAGGCAGCUGGACAAAGCACUGGGAACGGCUUACGUGUCGGCUUUUACAGCCGCAGUUGCCCAAAUGUGGAAAAAAUUGUUGCUGACAUUGUGUUAAAGGCUCAUCAGGAUGAUCUAAAGCUCCCCGCCGCCCUCAUUCGCUUCUUCUCCCACGAUUGCUUGGUCAAGGGCUGCGAUGCCUCAAUUCUUCUGGAUGCCACAGCCUCACAUGAGCCUGUAGAGAAGCAAGCACAAGCCAGUGAAAUGCUUAGAGGUUAUGAGCUCAUUGAUGAGAUCAAGGACAGGGUAGAGCAGGAGUGUCCACAAACUGUCUCUUGCGCUGACAUACUAGCCUUUGCUGCUCGGGAAGCUGUUUUUCUGGCCGGUCUGCCACGUCACAUGGUCCCCUCUGGACGCCGUGACAGUCGGACUUCCCGUGCUUCUGACAUCACCAUCCCUAACCCUACAACACCUUUCGAUGAGAUCAUAGAUUAUUUCUCCAGAAGAGGUAUCACCAUUGACGAAAUGGUUGUGUUGAGUGGUGCACAUUCCAUUGGGAUUGCUCAUUGCAGCUUCUUUGACUACAGACUCUACACCUUCAACAAAGACCAGCCCCAAGACCCUGCCCUCAACGCAUCCUACGCUUCUGAGCUGUCUAAAACGUGCCCAAAACCCAACACAUUGAAUCCAGCUGAGGCUAAACAGAGAAACGUCGAGUUAGAUCCCACAACACCACUCGUCCUGGACAAUCACCACUACCUGAACCUGUUGCAAGGGAAAGCCUUGCUUCAGUCGGAUCAGACAAUGGUUACUGAUCCCCGCACCAGCGGAUUGGUGCAGCAGUUUGCCUUGGAUCCCGAAUCUUGGGCUCGAAGAUUUGCCAAGGCCAUGAUUAAGAUGGGGAGAAUCAAUGUUCUCACUGGAAAUGUUGGAGAGAUAAGGAAAAAUUGUCGGGCCAUCAACUAA